AUGAAUGAAGACGAUCUCUCUUGCUCCGAUUCUCCCAGAAACCGCGGCGUAACUGUGGAGCAGUGCCAACGCAUGAUUCAGAAGAGUCUCCUUUCUCCGCAGGUGAGGUUCUUGAGGGAACAGUUGGAAAAAGCUGGGUGUCUCGUAGGGGAUAAUUUCAUCAAAUCUGUUAAAUGCGACGAGAGCGGAAUAGCUGGCGGUUACACUAAGGGUAAAGGGAUAGUUGUGUGCUGCAACGAGAUGGAAUCUCAAGAUAACGUUGACCAAGUGCUAAAGCAUGAACUUAUUCAUGUAUUUGAUGACUGUCGUGCUGCAAACUUGGAUUGGACAAAAUGUGCGCACCAUGCUUGUAGCGAGGUUCCUAUAAGAGCUGGUCAUUUAAGUGGUGAUUGCCAUUUCAAACGGGAACUUUUUAAAUUAACUUCCUUGAAAAUUCGAGGGCAUGAACAAGAAUGCAUCAGAAGACGAGUUAUGAAAUCAUUGUCUGCAAAUCCUUAUUGCUCUGGUGUGGCCAAGGCUGCUCUGGAAUCUGUAUGGGAUGUUUGUUACAAUGAUACAGAGCCUUACGACAGAGCUCUCUAA